UCGCCAAGCAGCAAACAAACAACAUGGCGUCUUGCAGAAGUUUUGCAAGUUUACUGUUAUGAAAACGAAAUGUUGUGAAUAAAAAGCUAUGCAUUAAAUUGUUUGCUAUUUUAGAUUAGAUUGUUAACAAAAUAAAAAGAAGCAACCAUGGAUGAUAGGUUGAAAUGGUUAGAGACAAGAAUUAGUUCCUCAUUGAGGCCAAGGAAUGAGGAACUAAAAAACAUGUUCUUGAAUGACGAAAAUAGAUUGGCCUUCUAUGAAUUUAUAAACAAUGAGGAUGUGAGGAAAAUGUUUGUGUUUAUCAAACCACCCCGACAGAUUAUUGCUGCCCUACAGCCACCCCAUGAUCUCAAAUACAAGUCAAUUUUCUUCCUGAAGAGCAACACGGGCACAAAGAUAACAAAGGACAAUAUAAGUGAUGAAGUGUUCUACAUUGAUUGUACAAAUAUUCCACUGGAACACCUGGAGCUGAUUGUCAGAGAAGUUUACCUCCCUUUGAUGUGUACCAAUCAAUCAGUUAUGACUUCAACAGGAGGUGAUAAAGUCAUGGAUGUCUUACACAGGCUGAUGUCAGCUGUAGAAAUCACACAGGGACAUGUGGAGGGAAGGAUAAUUUUGAGUUUACCAUCAAUAGAGGUUCUUGCUGAAGCAGCUGCAGCCCCUAAUCGUAGAGGAGCUGUACUUCAUGUGUUGGAAACUACAGUUCUUGGAUGGAUCAAACAGAUCAAGGGUGUGUUACGUCACGAUCCCAUACAAGACCUGUUCCAACAUUACGGCUCGGAGCCAGGUCCCCUAGAUGAGAUCAAGAUGUGGGAGAGGCAACUGGGUCGCCUACAUUCCAUCUUGAGACAGCUAGAAUCAGCUGUUGCCAAAGAUAUUCUCCAUAAUCUAGAGCAGGCACAGAGUCAAUAUGCACAUUCAUUCAACCAUGUCAGAAAAGAUGUAAAUAAGGCUGUAAGAGAGACCAACAGAAUCUUGAGUUUUCUCAGUACAAUGAGAUGGCUGUUGAAUGAGCUUCAUCAAGCUGUAGAGCCACUGGAAAUGUUACGACUGUUUAAACCACUCAUGCAGGUCCUCUUCCUUGUGUGGUCACAUUCUACAUACUAUCACCAGAUGGACAAGUUUCACAAUGUGUUGAGGUUGUUGUCAAAUGAAGUUGUACACAGAGCUAUAGCUCUUGUUGGUGAAGAUAUCUUGAGAGAACCACUUGAGUCAUACACAAAGUUGAAAGAAGCUCUCAGAGUUUGUGCUGGAUUUAGAGGAACCUACCUAGAUUUUAAGGACAAGGCUGAUGAUCAGAAUGCCAAAAAUAUUGCAGAAAAUGCUGAACGAUUGGCCUCCAGACCAAGAGAGGGUACUGUUUUCCUGACAAAAAUGUAUGGGCCACAUGCAUUUACUCCCCGUUACGGUUUACGUGGCGGAGAUAGCAGCUCUAGUGAUGGUUCCCUGGAUGAAGAUGAACUUUGGACAGAUAGCCCCUGGCCACCUAGAAAUGCACCAUGCUUUGAUCUCCUGAAUGCUUUCAUGGAAAGGUGCAAUGAUGUUCUAGAGCUAGUGGAGACAACAAGACAUUUCCGUCUGCUAGCAGGUGCCGCUGAGAUAGGUGGAGCUGGAAACAUGAGCCUCGAUGCCCUCGUGAAGGAGAUCCACGAGAAAUACACCCAGGCCAUGGCCGAGUUCUUCUCUGUUGUUGAGAAUGUUCUCAGUAUAGAUGGUUCACAGAAUUUUGAAAGAGCUUUCUUUAAGUUUAGAACAGUUGUCAAGUCCCUGGAGAAGAGAUUGGCAGAGAUAUUGCGAUUGGCAUACAAUCAAUGUCCAACAGUGGAAGCACAACUCAGACUGUUAGAAGUCUUUGAAGGAGUGAGUGGCAGAGAACUUGUACAGGCACACUUACAAGACAAAGACCGAGCGUUAGUUCUAGCCUUCAACCAGGAGCUCAGUGAUGUACGUAAAAUGUACGCAGAGGGACAUCUUGACCCACCUCAACAUUCCAAUAUGCCACCAGUUGUCUCAAAACUCAUGUGGAUUUGUGCUCUCAAAGAAAGGAUUAAGAGGCCAAUGGACAAGAUGAAAAGGGUGAGUCCUCAUUCAAUGGAUGGAGAUGCAGGUUGGCAGAUGAAGGAAAACUAUAUGGAGGUGCUCAGAGAUCUAGAAGAUUAUGAGUCACUUGUAACAGAUGAAUGGAAGAGGAAUAUCACAUCAGAAUUGACCAUGAGAUUGAAACAACCACUCCUGAUUGCAGAAGAGUAUGAUGAAGAUAUUGAAGUGCGGCCUCAGGUCGUACACGUGAAUCUCGACCCACAACUACUGCUGUUACUGAAGGAAACCCACUAUUUAAGCCAGGAGCCAUUCAAUAUAAAACUGCCAGAGUCAGCAAAGGAACUGCUGAGAAAUAGUAACCCAUUUGAACUCCGGGUAACAGCUACCAGGCUGGAAACUAUAGUAUCCAAGUAUAACACCAUCAUGAGGACCAUGACUCAGUUUGAGAAACCAUUGUUUGAAAGAAAACUUGCAAAGAUAGACAUUUUGUUUGAGCAAGGUUUACAAGAGUAUACAUGGAAGAUGAAGGAGUCGGCAGAUUUUAUAGAACAGGCUAUGGCACUUGUCUGUGUUGAUGUUCAUCAGAAUCUCGACAUCGUACAGACAAACUCUCACGAUAUUGCCGAGAUCACAAUCUCGUGGUCUAAGGGAACGCUGGACGUGUUUUCUGGACGAGAAGCACAGAGGUCAUACUCAAUGGAAGACCUUCUUGGCAUGCAAGCGAGGUUAACAGAGGAUCAUGAAAGUGUAGUUAUACCAUCAGGCCACAAAAUACACAGUCUUGUACUUAACUCAUUUGAGGCUGUACAGAUAUCUCAGGCUUCCCCAGCCUGGCAGGAUUUUAUUGACUAUAUAGAUGCUAUAGUGUUAGAUGGUCUGAAACAGGCAACACUUACCAGUCUUAAAACUAUGCUUAACAAUCUCGUACAAGCAAAUAUGGCUGAGGAUGAUGAUUCUGUUGUCCCUAUUCUGACUAUACGUUUGGAGCUGAUAGACAACCGUGUGGCAUUCAGACCACCUCUAGAUCAGACAACAUCUGUGAUAAGUGUCCAGGAAUUAGUACAUCAGUGGCUGGAUGGAUUCUUGGCUCGAGGACGUCUAGUCAAAAUGCUUGGUCCAAAGGGUACCUAUCAAGAUUAUAUCUCCGCAGAUGAAGAAGUUAAACAACUUCUGGUUGAUACAAACAAACUGGUUGAAGAAAAUGGUGAAGAAUGCAAGAAACUACUAGAGAUAUUUAGUGAUUAUGCAUUCCUGUGGUUACAAGAUGUCAACAUUACAUUUGAUGAAUUCCUACGUGGAAAUCUGACACCAAAUCCUCUACGUAGCCCACACAGAGGUCCAGCUGGUAGCAUUAGACAACAGUUAGCUGAAAGGUCAAGGACUGAAUCCAGGGCAUCAACAGCAAGCAGUGUUCAGUCUGCUGGACAAAUGGGUACAGCAGAGAGAACUUUCCUUACACCUAAACAUGCACAGGCUAACAUGCCUUCCAAUGUCCCAUCACUGGAUGAAUUUGAUGCUGAGAUUGAAAUAUACAGGACUGCCAGAGAUGAGAUACAGAGUUUAGAAGAUUUCCACAACAUCGGUUGGUUGAGAGUUGACCUUCAACCUAUAAAACAAGUGCUCACAACCUAUGCUGCUAAAUGGAUGUGGACAUUUACAAAAUAUCUCUCUGAUCAGGUGACCCAUAUGCUGGAGAGAUUGGAUGAUUUUUUGAAGCGUAUAGAGCCAGAGAUAGAGAGUAUAACAGGGGAGGAGAGAGACACUGCUUCCUUCAUGAAAAUGAUGAGACUCUUUAAUGAGGUAUCAGCCCAGCAGUCGGAGAUGGAUGGAAAGUUUGCUGCCAUGCACAGAACUGUUCUGCUAUUAAAGAAGUAUGGUCAGAGACUGCCAGAUAAGACCCAGCAAUUGUUUAAUGCUGCUCCAAGUAGAUGGAAUAAUCUCAAGACCAAAGUAUCUCUGGCCAAACAGAGGCUCGGACCUAGAAUACAAGAAGAAUCUGUCAGAAUUACUCAUGAUCUGGAAGCAUUUGGACGUCGUGUGAACACACUCAGUAAGGAGUUGGAGAAUUCAGACAUAUAUAACCGUGAGUGUGAGAUAGGUGAAGCUUGGGACUCUAUUGAUAGCUUCUCUAAAAGACUGACAAUACUGGAGAAUGAGGCUCAAGAUUUGAUAGAAUUACAGGAACUACUAGAGGCCUCAGUUGUUAACUUUAACGUCCUCCCAACAUGUCGUCAUGAACUAAACAACUUGAAACAAGUCUGGGAAACAAAGAGAGUAAUAGAUGAACAACAAGGAGAGUGGAAGAGGCACAGAUGGCAGAAGAUGAACACCAAGUUCCUACGUGAUGAGACCAACAAGCAGCUGGAGAUUGUACGAGCCUUGCCGGAGGAUGUAUUUACAUGGGAUAUUUACAUGGGCCUUCAUGAAUCCAUCACAAAUAUUCAGGCUUGCCUGCCCUUGAUUGAUGACCUCAGUAAUCCUGCAAUGAGAACACGUCACUGGAAACAAUUGGUUCGUGUAACAGGUGGCGCCAUCUCUAUUGAUAAUGACUCAUUGAAGAGGAUGACACUCGGUGAUCUUCUUGGUCUUGGACUUCAACAGCAUGUUGAUGAUGUAAGAGCUAUUGUACAGAGGGCUGUGAAGGAUCUGUCUAUAGAACAGUCCUUGAAGACGUACGAGGAAGUGUGGCUGAGUAAAAUCUUCCAGUUCCUUGUACAUAUACGUAGCAAGAAUGCAGAAAUGACAGGCGAUAUGACAGUUCAUGAUAAUCAGAGUGAGGUAUCACAGAGUGAAGCAGGUGAGCAGGGACACAAGCCGGGUGUCAGUCGUAGUCAAGUGAGGACCACAAGCAGGGUAUCAAACCAGAGCUCACACAGCAAGAACAAGCGUAGCAGUAUAGCCUCCCUACCAGCUUCUCUACUAAACCUGGCUGAUGAUACAGGGCACCAUGUGCUUCUAGCUAACACUGAUCCCAUCUUUGAGGAGCUUGAAGGUCACCAGGUCACCUUGCAGGCGAUGCAGAGUAACAGUGCUGCAGGCUCGUUCCUUGAUGAGGUUGUCAAAUGGCAGAAACGAUUACAGACGAUAGAAGCUGUACUAUCAACAUGGCUAGAGGUGCAGGAAAAAUGGGUGGAGCUAGAAGAGGUGUAUUCCAGUGCUGAUGUAAGGACAGCAUUGCCACAUGAUGCUAACAGAUUUGCUAUUGCUAACAGAGAUUUCAGACUUCUGAUGAGAGCAACAGAGAAAAAUCCUAAUGUGCUGCAAUGUUGCUCUAGAAAAAAUAUUCUCACAAUAUUGGAGCACAUGAACCACAGUCUGGAACAUUGUAGAAAAUCGCUGUUGAAUCAUCUUGAGAGACGACGACAAAUCUUCCCACGAUUCUACUUCCUGUCCAUGGAGGAUGUUCUACACAUCGUCUGCAAUGGGUAUGACUUAAGUCAAGUGAAUCUGUACAUCAGUAAAUUAUUUGAGAACAUCGGGAGUUUGGUGUACGAGGAGGCAGACGAAAGUGACAAAUAUAACUUCAUGAUUACUGGAGUUCAGAGUUCCCUCGGAGAAAAACUCCUAUUUCAACAACCAGUGACAUGUGAAGGGCAGAUUGAGACUUGGCUUAGUAGUUUUCUACAAGGGGUCAAGGGUGCCCUACAAUUUCAGCUAGCCACUGCUCUAGGUGUUGAGAAAGCACCUGCAAAAACACGCCAAAUUAGAAGUGCUGGAUCUAGAAGGGUCACUGUUCAGGCUCAAGAGUCUAAAUCUGCCACAAAAAAUGCUAAAGCGGAGAAAGCAGGAAGUCGGACAAGCAGUCGAGCUGGAGGAAGCAUAGAUGGUAAGGAAAAACAGAAAGUUCCGAGCCGUCCACCCUCCGUCACUGAACAGAUAUUUGAGGAUGGCGUGGAUGACCCGAAGAGUUCAUGGACAUUAGAUCAUGUGACUGAGAUAGUGUAUCUGGCCACACAGGUACAGAUGACAGAACAAAUCGAGGCAGCUUUAAUGCAGAUGGAAGAAGGCAAAGAUGAUGCUUUAAAGGACAUGCUGCAGAAGAUCAAUGAGAGUAUUGUAGCAACAACAAUCUUACUAAAAGGUAUUGAAGGUGAAAAGGAGAAAAAACAUAAACACAAAGGUCACAAAGAAGGAGACACAGAUUUUCUAGAUGAUACAAACUCUCUGGCUGGAGGUACAGGUGUGAGAAGUAGUAAUGCCCCAUCACUCGGUGCAUCAAGGAAAGGUUCAAUGUUUGAUAUAGCUGGAUUAGAUACAACCCAUUCACCUAUACCUGAAGAGGGGGAUGAACAAUCACUGGUUGAGCCUACAACAAUGGAGCCUGUGGAUACUAUGAAUCUAGCAGCUAUGUCACUUCCACCGAUGAAGAAAGAGGAGGAAAAAGAGGAGGUUGAAGAGAAAGUAGAACCAACAGAAGUAAAACUGAUGUUGUUCCCAAGUCAGAUACAUAAACUAAGCUGUCUGUUAUCACUGCUAGCUCACCUGAGGGACCUGGUGGAAGGUUUGUUGGUGAUGGAGUCACCCUCACCUAUACAGUCUCUAGACUGGAAGUCACAGCUUCAGUAUAGAUUUGCAAAGGAGAACAGGGGUGUCAGUGUGAAGUGUCUAGAUGUAGAGAUGGAGUAUGGAUUUGAGUAUAUAGGUUCUAGCACACGUGAAGUGAUCACACCACAGACAGAGAGGUGCUUCGUUGCCAUGACACAAUCUAUAAAUGCUUACAUGGGAACAUUGUGUGUGGGACCAAUCGAUAGUGGAAAGUAUGAAUUGGUACAUGAAUUAAGCCACAGCUUUGGUCACGCUAUGUACAAGUUCAACUGUACCAAGAGUGUUGACUACUGCGGCCUACAAGACAUAUUCCGCGGAAUGGCUUCUACAGGCUGCUGGAUUACUUUUAAUAACUUAAACUCUUUAUUACCAUCAGUGCUUAGUGUGUUUGCUCAGUUGAUCUCAACUGUGUUCGAAGCUCUGAGAGCCGGAAAAGCCGCGGUGCAUUUACAAUCAGACGAUAUUCAGCUGAAUCCUACAGGAGCUUGUUUUGCUCUUGUAGACAGCUGUGUGCCGGUGACGGCAACAAAUCCGGACAAAUUACUUAUAUUCCCGUCAGUGACGGCAAAACUACCAGAUUAUGUGAUGAGGCAAUUUAGAACGGUGUCGGUACCGAGACCAGAUCUCAGACAAUGUCUCGAAGUGAUGUUGUUUAGUCAAGGAUUUAUCAAUGGAUCCAUGCUGUCGGAGAAGACUAUGACAUUAAAGGAGCUCUCGUGUAAACUGCUGGGAACCAAUACCUUUAUCACAGAGAAUAUUUCUCUAGGUGUUGACAUCAGUGCUGGUUUCAAUGGAUGGAGCUUGAAAACAUUGAAAGGUGUAGUUGCUGAAGCCGGGGCUCAUCUUGAAACAUUUACUGCAGAGCUCAGUGAAACAGGGGAAUCAGAGAGUGAUAUAGAAGAGGACGAGGAGGAAGAUACAGGCUCACAGAAAGCUGAGAAAAUGUUGGAAGGAGAUAAGAGUUUGUUAAUGGAGGAGAAAGCCAUGGUCACAGCUCUCCGGGACUCGUUCCUUCCCCGCAUGGUUGGUCGCGAUGCCAGCGUGUUUGUUACCCUCGUCAGUGAUGUGUGGCCGAAUGUUGAUAUCCCGAUGGUGUUUGGUGGAGACGAGGAUAUGAUGGAAAAAAUGCCGGAGAACCAGUCCCGCGGCAGCUCAAAGGGUUCAAGCAGAAUCAGGACGGCAAAGAGCCAAAGUUCUACAAGAUCUGUCAGAGAUAAGAAAAAAAAUGGGUUAUAUGAAUCAAUCAACUUGAACACACCAGUGGUCAACAUGACCCAGGGUGACAGAUUUGCUUACAUAGAUCCUAACCAGAAACAGACAUUGGAAGAUAUCCAGGAUGCCAUUGCCGUAGCAACAGGUGACCUUGGCCUACUUCCAGGUGUGGCAUUCCAGGCUAGAGUUGCUCAACUGGCCCAGCUUAAUGCUGCUCAUCAGACAAUAUUUGUAGUAGGACCAGCAGGGUGUGGUAAGAGUGAGUGUAUUAAAACAUUUGCUGUAGCAGAAAGAGAACGAGGCAAGACAAUCAGUGUACAAACAGUCUUCUCUAAAGCUGUAGAAUCAGAGGAACUCAUGGGAUACUUUGAUAAUAAAACCAAGGAAUGGAAGGAUGGUCUGUUUGCAUCGUUGUUGAGGAAGUUCUGUGUACAACCACCUAACCAGAACUACAGCUUUAAAGCCAAACCUAUCAUGAAAAUAAUGCAGCUGGAUGGGGAGGCUGACCAUGGUCAGUUAGAGUUGUUACAGAGUAUACUGAUGAAUUGUGGAUCUAUGGUGCUAGGUAACAAUGAGAGAAUUGCUGUACCUGAUACACUUAGGUUCAUGUGGGAGCUUGAGUCCCUGGCCAACAUGAGUCCAUCUCUGUUAGCCAGUGUAGGUGUAAUGGUAAUGAGUAAUACAGAUGUAGGUUGGCAGCUUAUGCUGGUACAGUGGCUUGAACGUAGACCAGACGCAGAUAAAGACCUUCUCACAGGUUUUUGUGAUGUAUAUAUCUACAAGACCAUCAACUAUCUGAGUGAGUGUACAAGACCUCACAUGUUUACCAGUGCCAAGUCACCUUACCCACAGUUCAAGAGAGUCAUCAAUCAUACCGUAGAGAAUAUGAUCAUGACAUUCAGUACACUAUUAGAUACAAUGGUGAAUCCAUACCCUGACUUGAGUGAUGUAGAGUUUGAGAGAUACUUUAACUUUGCAUGUAUUUGGGCAUUUGGAGGUACACUAGAGGCCGAGUACAGGGACGCCUUUAGCUUCUGGUGGAGAGAGCAGUUUGAACAACAUAUCGACUUCCCAGAUGAAGGCUUGGUGUUUGACUUCAUGGUGGACACAGAAACACACGAGUUUGUUCGCUGGAAUGACAUCAUGCCAGCCUACAGCGGUACACCUCACAUCGGUAUUCCAUCAGACGCCUUCGUUCACAGCGUCCAGAUUGAGCAGAUUAUGGCUAUACUCGGACUCCUGACCGAUGCUGGAAAGUCGGUGCUACUGGUUGGAGAAAAUGGCUGUGGUAAAACAGCUAUUGUAAAUGAAAGGAUAAGAACUGUUUGUUCAGGAGAGGUGGCUGAAGUUCUUUCCCUUACUGUGCAAGCUAAUAGGUUUACAAAUUCCAAGCUCCUAUAUGAUCGUCUGGAUGAGAGGCUUGAAUGGAAACAUGGCAGGACAUAUGUACCUAAAGGAAACAAACGUCUACUCUGCUUUGUUGAUGAUGUCAACUUAUCUAUGGUAGACAAAUGGGGUGACCAGACAGCUAUUGAGUUGAUCAGAGAACAUAUAGAUGAUGGUGGUUUCUACAACCAGGACACACAUGCCUGGAGAUACGUGAAGAACGUGACAUAUGUCAGCACAGUGAACGCUAACACGACGGCUAAUGUACCGAAACUUAGUCAGAGAUUCCUCCGACAUUUUGCCAUGUUUGCUGUACCAUUCCCAUCGAACUCAGAGCUGCAGACAAUAUUUACCACAUUGACACAUACCCAUUUCAUCACACCAGAGACAGCCCAGGGUGCCACAGGGGUACAUCACAGCAACUUUGAUGAAAAGGCUCUUAAGAGACAACAGGAGAAUGAGGAAAUACUGAAGAAACUGUUGACUAUGAUAGUGCAGGUAACCAUAGAGUUACAGGAACGUUUACGUGCAAUGUUCCUACCUACAGCACAGAGAUGUCAUUAUAUCUUCACAGUCAAAGAUCUCUCUUGUAUAUUCAAGAAUAUUUGCCUGUCACUACAACCAGGUGUUGCUAAGAAGAACCUGUUGUUGCUAUGGCAACAUGAGUGUUACUGGGUAUAUGGUCAUAGAAUGGUGAAUGAGGUUGACUUCCGACGUUUCAGACAGGCAUUUAAUGUCUCGACAAAGAAAGAGUUUGCUGAUGAUGAGUUGGUACAGACUAUGAUCAGAACUAGACAGCCUCAGUUUAGUAACCUGAUAGAGCAGGACAGUGGUAUAGUGACGGCAGGAAUGAUUGAUACCCGACACAGCACCAAGGUGUCCGAGGAAGAUGCCAAAACAGAUCUUUACAAACCGUUCAACAACCUCAUGGAGGUUAAAGAUCUCAUGUCUAAAGGUGUAGAGGAAUAUAACAAAAUACAUCCGAGAAUUAAAUUGUCACUAUAUAAGGCUGUGGUAGACCAUGUUUGUAGACUGGCUCGUACAGUUGCCUCACCUCACGAGAAUGCUCACUGUGUGUUGGUAGCCGAGGGCAGUCCUGGUCAGUCUACAGUUGUUGUGAAACUUGCCGCUCACCUGUGUGGUUACACUGUCUACCAGAUAAAUCCCGCACCACUAGGUUCAAGUCUUGAAUACAAGAUGGAGCAGUUCAAAGCAGAUCUUGUCCAGGGUUACACCAGGGCUGGUGCUAAGGGAGAGAAGAUUCUAUUGCUGUUACACGAGGAGGAGCUACUGGCUGAAGAUUUCCUAGUUUUCUUAAUUGAGUUUAUCACAGGUGGCGCCAUCAGUCAUCUAUUCCAGUAUGAAGAGCAGACAACAAUUAUCAACUCCAUUAGGACAGAGGUGACUCAGGCUGGCCUCACAUACACCAGAGAUGUGGCAUGGAAUUUCUUCUUGAAAACUGUGAGGAACAACUUCCGUGUAUGCCUGAUAGCAGGAGAUGGAGGGAAGAACUUCCAGCGUAGAUGUAGAGAAUAUCCGGCUUUCACCAAAAAUGUGAACUUUAUCUGGUUCCCACACUGGUCCAAAACACAACUGGUGGAGCAUGCACUCUAUCAUUUACAAGAUAUGUCAUGGAUGAACGCUGUUCAGAAAGAGAAUGUUGCUCACAUGUUGGCCUCCAUGCAUCUGGUGCUACGACAACAAGAUGGUCAGGAAAGAGAUUCCGGUGAAUACAGACAUGUUACUAACACAUCAUACGAGAAGUUUGUAGAAAGGUUUAUAUCAAUAGCCAAUCACCGUCACAAUAAUGUACAAGAAGAUAACGACGCUGUUUCCACGUCAUUACAUCAAAUACGUCGUGAAAAUGAGGUUGCGCUUAAACUGCGCAAGAAUCUUGAACAUGAAAUGAUUGUGUUGGAAGAAAGAAAACAGGGAACCAUCAAGAUUCUGUCUCAGAUAGGCCAGGACACAGCUAUCACUGAACAACAGAUUAAAGUGGUCAAAGCUCAACUUGACAAAAUCUCAAAACUUAAAAAGUCAUUACCAGAAUACCAGGUAGCUCAUGAGAGGGCUGUAUACAAGGCUAUAGCAAUUGUUGCUGACACUAAGAAGGUGGUACAGAACAUCAACAUAGACAAGUUACAUGAAUUACGAGCCAUGCAGAAACCUAUCAUUGAUAUAGAAGAUCUAAUGGCAGCCAUUAUCAUGAUACUGAAAUCGCCUUCAGCAGAUCUCACCUGGCAGAAAGGUGCCAAGAGACAGAUGGCCAAUAUAGAGAGAUUUAUAGAAGAGUUGAUGUCCUUUGAUGACCAACAAUUACCUGAGGCUACUCUGUUGCUUGUGGAACCAUACCUGAAGAAACCCACAUUUGAGCCCGAUACCUUGGAACGAAAGACCAGUAACUCAGCCUGCGGAUCUCUCUGUAAAUGGGUCAGAGGAGUUGUGAGGUAUCACCGUAUGAUGAUAUCCAAGGUUAAACCACUCCAUCAGAAGGUGGAUGAAACCACAGCUGCAGUUGAUGAUGCGGAACAUAAGAUGUCGACGCUGGAGAACAAACGGAGGGCACUGGAGGUCCGGUUGUCUGGUCUAGCUAAAGGCUUCGAGGAAGCUACAAUUGACAAGAAUGAACAAGAGGAGAAGACAGUGAAAAUGAAGAAAAUGCUUGAGACUGCUGCACAACUGAGAAAGAUAUUGAAGGGAGAAAGACAGAGAUGUCAGCAGAUUUAUGACUCACAUGAUCGACGAUUGAUCUCGAUCUCCGGAGGUUGUGCUGUGGCUGCCGGAUUUGCCACGUACCUAGGACCAUACCAUCAUAACUUCCGCAGGGUUAUGUUGACAGUACACUGGCCAAAUUGUCUGAGGGAAAGGGGAAUACCUCUGGUUAUAGACUCAAUUGAUGGACUUAAAGGCCGAGUGAUAGAUUGGUCAAUAGAUUUCUUAAAGACAGCAUCUGGGGCAAGCCAGGUGUAUGAUGUGGACUACACAUCGGCAUUACUUGGUGAAGAUCAUAACUCAAAAACCAAAAAGGAGUUGACAGAUAUAGUAGAAGAAGAAGAACAUGCAGUGGAGAAGGAAGGUGCUGGUGAGGAGAAACCUGAGGGUGAGGAGAAAACUGAGGGAGAGAGGAAAACUGGCAGUAGAGAAACUACUGAAAAAGAAGAAGACAGGGCCAAGGAAGAUGAAAAAGAUCGUGAUUCUCCAGUACUGGAAGAGAAGUAUGAAUCUCAGGAAGGUAUUGAACCAGAUGUGAGAGGAGAUGGCAGUGAAAUUGAUGAGAACAGUCAGAGUCAAUAUACACAGAGUACAACACCAAUGCUGUCAUCUACACAGUACAACAAAUACAUGAAAUCUCUCAUUAAACUACUGGUCGGUGAAAUCACACUUAACAACUGGCUUAAACAAGAUUUUGGUCCGAGACAGAUGGAGAACGCAGCUAUAUUGUGCUCGUCGUGGCAGAGACCACCAAUGUUGAUAGACCCAAACAAUGACGGUGCUGUGUGGCUUGGUAGACUUAACUCUCUCAUGAACAACAGAAAACUUGUCUCACUAGACAUGGAAACUAGGUCAGAUCCACAUGUAAUAUUGACGCUAGAGAAAGCAAUCAUGCGAGGAAAGCCAGUGUUAUUGAGAAAUUGUCAGGAACAUAUCGAUAAUAUCAUUACUCCACUGAUGCAUCAUAGAAACACAGCCAUGGAAGAUGAUAAAAAUGAAGAACCAAGAAUGAUCAAGUUCUGUGGCAGACGUAUUCUGUGCCAUGAAGACUUCAGAUUCUACCUGUCCACCCCACUUCCAAAACCCAAGUUCAAUCCUGAAAUAGCCUCGACCACAACCAUCAUAAACUUCGGUGUGUCUCACGACACUCUCACGAGGACUUCCUACGACUUGCAAAAAACAAGGGCCCCACCCUACAAGGAACGAUCCCGCAUGAAAAAUUAGGUUCAGAAAAAAGACUUACAUCACCCGUCUUUUCGGAGAGAUAAAGUGUUAACAAACCAGGAAGCCAUAAUGGGCAGUGCUAAAGCUGUCAAGUUUAUUACUGACUUCACAAAUGCCAAAUUGAGCUGUCCCAAAAAAUUACAAGAGACAUUCACGCUGAUGGAAGAUCUUGAUGUACUGAAAGAUGAGUUAUACCCCUUGGCACGACGGGCAGCCAUGUUGUAUGCCAUCUCGAGAAGUUUACAGAGUAUUCAUAACGAGUACCAGUUCUCACUGGAAUAUUUUAUACAACUGUUUGACGAGGCUGUAGGCGGAGAAUUACCAGAUGAAUUUAUACAAGGAAUUAACCAAGAAGAGGGUUAUGAAGAUGAUGAUGACAGUUCUAGUCGUGAUGGAGAUCGUAAGACACGUGUUGGUAGUUCCUCAUCACAUGGUUCCCAAGGUGAUACAGCAGAGAAGGGAACCGAUAAGCAGACGACAGCCACAAAACAAGAUGCUGGUCAGAACGAGGCUGACUUUGAUGAGAAGAGUAAACAAGAACCAACAGACGAAUCUGCCAGUACAAGUGCUGCACAGCGUCUAGUUGCUGGUACUCAGUCUGAAGAGUUACCUGCCCUUGAGUUACCACAGACAGCCACACUGCCAUCAGAGGGCGUUGAGUACUCAAGUUUCUCAGCCAAUCAGAUCAAGCAGCUCAUGGAUAAAUUAACUGGACUGGUUUACAGAAGAAUCAGAGAGAGUUUAUAUGAGGAGGAUUGUCUGUUGUUUGCUACGCUACUGUGUCUCAACAUACAAGCAGAGGGUGGAGAAAACUUCACCAAUGAGGAAAUGUCACUUUUGCUGCAAGGUAACCCUGGCCUUGGUAUGCAGCUGACCCUGGCUGACUUUGACUGUAAAGACGAGGCUCCAAACUGGCUGCCUCAGGAGAAAUGGGAGGAUAUACUUGCCCUCUCUGUGCUGCCAGGACCCCUGGACUCCCUGUGUGUGAACUUUGCUCAGAACACGGAAGCUUGGAAGGCCUGGUACAAGGGACAUUAUCCUGAACAAGAACCAUUACCGUUGUCAGUGGUAGCAGCUGGAGCUUCUAUGGAGACACGCCCUGGCUCUACAGAAAGUAAUAAGAGUACCAAAGAGAACACAUCUAAGUCACCAGAUCUCGGACCGUUAUCUGAGUUCCACCAACUUCUCUUAUUGAGAAUGCUGCGUCCUGACAGACUUCCUGUUGCUCUCGCAAAAUAUAUAAACAAAUACCUGACACUUAACCUACCUGAUCAGAUAGAGUUUAAUCUACAAGACACACUACGAGACUCACGCCGUCAUCUUGGAGUUCUCUUACUGCUACCUGAAAGUUUGUCUUCUAUAAAAUCACAGCCUGUAACCAGGCUAAAGAUGACUCAUCCACCAGUAGAUGUGCUCUUCAAACUUGCAAAGAGUGAGAACGUGAAUGUAGAACAUGUACGUAUUGGUGAAGGUAGCGAGGUGCUAGUUGAGGAAGCUAUAGACACUGCUGAGAAGAACGAUGGCUGGGUCGUUAUCGAGGAUCUGCAUUUAGCUCCUGAAAAAUUCUGUAACCAGUUGAAAAAACAUCUCAUCCGUGUUAACAGGAGUAGAGAGAAACUGAGAGCAAAUAAUCUAGAAGACCGCCAGAAGACGAGUAAAUUCUGUGUUUGGAUCACAAGUGAGCCGAGCGCCAGCAUACCAAACUUCCUGAUUCUCAAUCUUCACAAGGUGGCCUGGAACCAUAUGACCAUGGAUAUCCUUAAUCCUGAUGUGGCUGAGACAAAUACUGAAUCUGGUGGAGACGGUGGGGAAGCUCCACUUGCCAUCAACUACAAGUCUCCACAAACAUAUCUACAUACUGCCAUUGUGUCAACAAUGAAACAGGUGCCAACAAAGGUUUGGGAGUUAGUCUUACAGGAGCCCCAGAAUAUCAGGAACAUUGCCUUCUCUAUAGCUGUUAUACAGGCCAUGCUUGUUGCUAGGCAACUGUUUGGUGCCCAGGGACUCAGUCAGUAUUAUCCAUUCCGGGAAGUUCAGACAGGACAAGCUAUGUUGCUGGUUCUCAGCAGAAUGUUGAGACCAACUGAUGAAGAUGGAGGAGAACCAAACAAGGAGAAGUUAACUCAGCUUGUAACUCAGGUGGUAUAUGAGAAUACAGCAUAUAGUGAGUUUGAUCAGGAAUACGUGAAGGCUCUAGUCAGAAAUGUUCUACAUAAUGUAUACACUGACUCUUCUGGAACACUCGUACUAGGUACAGUCGCAAUCCCAACACCCCCAGCUAAUGUUGAGCCGAGUGAAUAUGCCUGGUGGUAUGAGAAGAAUGUAGAUGAAGAAUUUACCAUGUCUGCUUUACAACUUCACACCAGCGUGGAGAAAGAGGCCUGUGUUGCCAGCUCAACAGAGUUUAUUUCCAACAUGGAUCACAUGUUCGAGACACAAAAUAUGGAAGCGGGAGAUGUUUCCACAAGCAAUUCAGGUGUUGUUAAUCUCAAACGUCUCAGAUCCUCCCUGGAUAUCUGCCUGGAAGAUUUACCUCCCUUGUUGGAGCUUGGCCAGAUACCUGAUUCUGUACAGCAGGAUUACAACUUCCCUUACCAUUGUCCCAGUGUGAUCUCCAUAGCAACUGCUUCAAGCACAAUGAUGCCGGAAACCAUCGGAUAUGUCCUAUUACAGGUUUGUUCAUUUGCUGGUUCCU